UUACCUAUUAUAAUUUUAAUAAAAUAUAUUAUAAACACUAAAUAACAUAUAAGAAAGCGAAAUUCCCUAAGAUAAUCAUUUUUAAGUUUUUGUCAUAAAAAUAGUCAUCAAUAAAGAAAAUGACCAAAACGAAUUUUAUUAAAAGGCAAAAAUAUAUUUAUACUCUAAGGUUAACUAAUCUAGACUUAAUGUUAGAGUUAAGUGGUGGAGAUUUGAGGAUAGUGUUUCAAAAUUUUUUUUAAAAAAUAUUAAAAUUAAAAUUUUCAAAAUGAAAAUGGGUUAUUUCGAUCAUUUUACAUCUGUUGCAAAUAUAAACCUGAAACACAAACCAUAAAAUCGUUCAAAACUUAAUAACAUAGAUCACAACUAAAGUAUACGGGCGGACCCACCCUAGUUCUAGCAUAUUUUAGCUUAACACACUUAUACUUCUUAGCAUUCCGUAUCUCUUUACAUAGGCUCCAAUUUGAUGAUAAGGUACAUAUAAUUUUAUUUGGUUUUUAUAAACUUUGGAAGUUCCAAGCUCCAUAACUUAUGUGCGGUCUGGAGUCAUCUGCCAUUAAUAAAAUCACAGUUUGAUCGUAAAUCGUUUUAUCUCAAAAGUAGAAUUAAGCCAAUGAUUUUUAAAUAAUCUCAGGAACUGACAAUGUGUUUAGUAAGUGAAAUGUAGAAGGGGUUACUUCGUUAAAAGCAAAUGUAUUGAUAUGGGAAACAAAAACGUUUCACUAAACCAAAAGGUUAAGGUUAAAAACUUAAAAUAGAGUUGGGCUUAAUCUCAAAUAAAAUAAAAAUUCCCUUUAUAAACUCCGCCUCUCUCUCUCUCUCUAACUUUCUCUAGCUUUCAGUCCAUACGAACGGUUGUGUUUCGAAGACAUAGCAAGCAAUAGAGUUUCAGUGACGAGAAAGCUAAGGAACACGCAAAAAACUACUAUAAUGGAUUUGCGUUUCCAUGAAGGAGGAGGAAGCAGCGUUUGGCAGAAAUGCUCUAGACACCGUUUCGUCUGCGGUGGCGGCGUUUGUCCUUACUGCCUCCACGAACGUCUCUCCUCACUCUGCCCCGACUGCGCCAGCGAUCUCCCGUGUUCAUGUACCCCACGCGCCUCCGUCGACGUAGAUGUUCCCUUCGCUGAUGUCGGAUCGGUUGGCCGCGUAUCCAGCCUGAUCGAAUGCGAGCCGGCGUUUAGGAGAUCCACAUCAAUGUCUGUUCCGUUUCUCCGGUCUACUAAACCGGAACCGGUUGAGAAAACCGGGUCGAAUCUUGGACCUGGUCGUGGACGUUCGCUCUGGAGACUGUUCAGAGGAGAGAGUAGAAGCAAGACUGGUACGAUGAUGAUGAGGAAGUCGAGAUCAGUCGCAGUCUCUGACGCCGGAGAAUUGUUGUCUUCUUCUCCGGCGCCGGUGACCAGCAAGGGAAAUGGUUGGUACUUUCCAAGUCCGAUCAAGGUUUUCCGACAGUCAAGAAUCUUGUUUCAACAAAGAUCUCCUUUGUACAGAGGUUGAACUCUAGGUUAUUUUCAGUUUGGUCUUUUUUUUUUCUUUGCUAAAUGCUUUUUUAUUUUGCUGAUUAAUAGUUUGAUUAAUAUGUUUCAUAAUGAUAAUGUUGAUUUUUUACAUGAAUCUUGUGUCACCAGCCAAGCUCAAACUCACUAUAUAUUCUCAAAACUCAAAUGUUUACUGAACCAAAGUACUUGAAACAUAUGGUAAUGUUUUCUAAACUAUAGAAAGUACAAGCACUCGGUUAUCGAGUAGUAGAUAAAGUUUGAUGGCUUUGUAAAUAUUUUUUAACAAAAACGAGAAGCAGUAACAUGGUUACAUGUGCAUGGAAGCCCUACCAGGCUACCAAACACGUGAAUGAAGCAGUCUCCAUUUUUUAUAAUACUAUAAACCUAUUUGCAAGAAACAAAAAGGGAAGAAGGAACGGGAAAUAGGGGAACGUGAGAGGACAUAGAAAAGAGAGCCCGACAAGGAGUGGCGACAAACAUACGCACACGGUUGCACCAUCCCUCUCCCAUGUCAUCAUCACCAAUUCCACUUCUCAACUUUUUUCCAUAAUAAACCUUUCAACCUUUUAAUUUUUAUAAAUUUAACACCGAUAGAAUAUUUCAAGGGUCAUAUUUCAAUCAUUCUCCAUGUUUUCUCCUCUUUUUUUUUUUGAAACUUAUGUUUUCUUUUUUUGAGCUGGACUUCAAGAUACUAAAAGCAUCAUUAUCCCUGGUAUUUGGGGGGGGUUUCUUAUGUUAAUAAUGUAUUUAAAAUAAAUAAAAAACACUAAUAUACACAAGAAACGUCGCUUAUUUUGGCUAAACAAGAUACGAUUUUUUUAAGACACGUGUAGGCAGGGGAUGAUAUCGUCUCUUCUAGUACAGCGUCCUGACCUCGGUCUCUCUCUAUUGCGAAGAAGGAAGAAAGAAGAAGAAGCCAUGGCAGAAACCUCGUCUCUCGGAGACUGAAACCAACCCACGUCAAAGAGAUCCUGAUCGGAACCCUAGACGAACUCAAACUGGGUCUGAGGUUCUUCAAUUUCCUCGGCCUGCACAGAGGAUUCGACCACUCGACGGCGUCGUUCUGCGUCUUGAUCCACGCUCUGGUCAAAUCCAAUCUCUUUUCGCCGGUCUCGUUGCUCCUGCAGACGCUUCUCCUCUGCGGGCUUAACCCAAGCGAGACUUUUCACGCGCUUUACACCUGUUACGAGAAGUGUAAGCUUGGUUCGAGUUCAAGCUCGAGUUUUGAUUUGUUGAUUCAGCAUUAUGUACGAAGUAGGAGAGGUUUAGAUGGUGUUUUGGUGUUUAGGUCCAUGACGAAAGUUGGUUUACUGCCUGAAGUGAGAACCUUGAGCGCGUUGUUACAUGGUUUAGUUCAUUGUAGGCAUUACGGUUUGGUGAUGGAGGUGUUUGAGGAGACUAUCAUGCUUUGUUCUCAGCAGCUCAAGAUGUCGCCGAGUGCCUUGAUAAAAGCCAGAAGAAUCUGUUGACCAUAUGGACGAUUAAAGCAAUUGUGGCUAAUGACCUCUUUACUGAUGACAACUUUAUGGUAAGUCACUUUUUUUUUCUAGUUAAUGACAGUGAAUUAUCCAAUGACAAUAAUGUUAGCUAUUUUGGGUGAAUAACAUUGUGAUGCGAUGUAUUAAUUCUCGGUUUCAUUAACAGAGCUCUGUUGUGUGUUUUAUAUCUCAGUGUAAUAAAGACUGUGCUUCAGUUCUGCAAAGAGAACUCCUUGAAUCAAACGUUCCAGACACUACAUAGCGAGUGUCAGGUUUCUCUUAACACAGUAGACAACGUGGAGACGUUUGUUUCUGAUAUUAAUAAUGGGAGAUGAGACUCUGUUCUUCCUCAAGUGUCUCAGCUUAAGCUUCCCAGGAAUAAACUAGAAGACCUUUAUGAACAGGUUUUUGCUUUCUCUUCUCUUUGUGGAAUUUAUAUAAGGGCUUUUUGCAAGAUUGACUCAAAACUCAAAGUCAAACCUAAAACUAAUCCAUGUUUUUCUUGGAUUUUUCUUUUGCCCUAUUCACCCCACAAGUUUAUGAUAUUCACGAAAAUACCAUCACAUUUUUUUUAUUUU